CCCCCCCCCCCACCGGGUCCCUCUCAACGACUCCCAGAGCCAGGCUCCCAGAUAGGAAGCCGGGAAUCCUGUCCCUUGUUCCACUUUCUCCCGUGGACGUGGACCUGUCUCCGGAUGGGAGAACGGGACAAAUCAUGGCUGUGGCUGCUUCUAGUCCUCGUCUCUGUGUCUGGGCAGACACAAGGUUCUAAGCAGGACAGGACCACCCUGAGAAGAGCAGAUCGGCUGAGCCCACCACUGUGGGGAGGUCUGGAAGCCUUGAACUGCACGGCCAUCCGGGUGCGAUGGGGAUCUCCGCGUCGGCACGGCAGGAUCACCGGAUACACGGUGAUGUACACAGAGGUCAGGAGAGACGGAGUGGCUUCACCCAGAGGAACGCAAGACCUUCUGUUCGACCUGAGUCACCGCGGCCAGGAUCGGGUGAAGGAUACGCAACCCUAUGAGGUGGUGGUGGGAGGACUCUUGCCCGGGACUAAGUACCGUGUCUUGGUCAAAGCUCGCGGCGUGGCGGGGGAUGGGCGCCCCAGCCCGCCGAAGAACGUGACUACCGAACCCCAAGACCGCUGCUCGCCCCCAGACGCCCCGUCUAGACCAGAGGCCGCCGCCCUAUCUGACUCGGAAGUGGCCCUCUCGUGGAAGGCGGGCAGGAGCGCGGGGAGCUCUCCGCUCCUGCACUACACAGUGGAAGUGUCCCGGUCGGUGUGGAACGGGAGCUGGGAGUUGCUGGGGGAUCGUGUCCGUGCAGAGUCCCUGGUGAUCCGGGGGCUGGAGGCCGGGGCCUGGCACCAGUUUGCAGUGCGGGCCGUCAACGCCCACGGCUCCAGCCCUCUCAGCGAGCCCAGUAACCGGGUCAGGACCCUGGGCUCGGAGGAGACGGGGAGUGGACAUUCCGGGCGGCGUUCGAGGAGACGGGGGAGCGGGAAGAAGAGGGGGGGAGCGGGAGCGGGAGGGCCGGCACUCAACACCCCUAACAUCUACAUCCAGAAGCUCCAGCCCCCCUCAGUGUUGGAGGGAGGGGGGUUCCUGGAGCAGGCUCUGCGGGGUGGGUUGGUGCCCGGGGCCCGGCCCCAGCCCUGCGACGAAACCACCUGCCCCCCCAACAGCUUCUGCACCGCCGACCUCCUGACCGGCGGCUCCCGCUGCCCCUGCAGCCUGGGCAAGGGCGGGCACAGGUGUGGCACAGAUAUCUCCAUCCAGUACCCCCGCUUCUCUGGCCACUCCUAUCUCACCUUUGAGCCCCUGAAGAAUUCGUACCAACGUACCGAGAUCACCCUGCAGUUUAAGGCUGAUGGGGAAGAGGACGGGCUGUUGCUGUACUGCGGGGAGACUGAGACCGGCCGCAGAGACUUCCUGUCGCUCGCCAUCGUCCGCGGACGACUGCAGUACAGGUUUGACUGCGGCACGGGCACUACGGUGCUGCAGGGUGAGGGGCCGGUGCAGCCGGCAGCCUGGCACACGGUGACCGCACGGCGUGACGGGAGGAACGGCAGCUUGCAGAUCGAUGCACACCCCCCCCUCACCGGCAGCACCAAGGGCAGUUACUCCCGGAUCACGUUCCGCACCCCGCUGUACGUGGGCGGAGGUCCGGGGGGGUGGGGGCUGUCGGCCGCGGCCGGUACCCACCAGGGUCUCCGCGGGUGCCUACAGGCCCUGGUCAUCAACGGGCGGCACCUGUCCCUGCGACCCUGGCCAUACGGAGAGGCCCUCAGCGGGGCCGAUGUGGGGGAGUGCAGCGCCGGUCUGUGUCGUGGGGUCGUCUGUGCCAACGGUGGCUCCUGUGUGGCCAACUCUGCCGACUCCUACCUGUGUCUGUGCCCGCUGGGGUACCGGGGUUGGCACUGCCAGGAGGCCUUCAAGCUGGUGGUGCCACAGUUCAACGCCUCGCUGCUGUCCUACGGUGCUCUGGGGUGGCCGCUGGCAGCCCAGCACUACCUGUCCUUCAUGGAGUUCCAGCUGACCAUGAAGCCAGAGAGCGAGAGCGGCCUCAUCGUCUACAGCCAAGACCAGGAGAGCAAGGACUUUGUGGCCCUCUCCCUCCAGCACCGAUACCUGGAGUUCCGCUUCGACUGUGGCUCUGGAACGGCCUUCAUCAGGAGCCGGGAGCCGCUGACCCUGAGCCAGUGGCACGAGGUGAAGGUGUCGCGGACGGCCAGGAACGGGAUCCUGCAAGUGGACAACCAGCAGCCGGUGGAGGGGAUGGCCGAGGGAGCCUUCACCCAGAUCAGGUGCAGCACAGACAUAUUUGUUGGGGGUGUGCCAGACUAUAGCAGCGUGAGGAAGAAUGCCGGCAUCCUGCUGCCCCUCUCUGGCAGCAUCCAGAACGUGAUCCUGAAUGACAGGACAAUCCGCCUGGACCGGGACUUCCAGAGGGGGGUGAACCUGGAGAACGCUCCCCACCCCUGCGUCUCCGCCCCCUGCGUUAAUGGCGGCUCCUGCAGUCCGCGGCACGACGGCUUCGAGUGCGACUGCCCCCUGGGCUUCGAUGGGCAGCGGUGUCACCAAGCUGUGACAGAAGCCAUUGAAAUUCCACAGUUCAUCGGGCGCAGUUACCUCACGUACGACCAUCAAAACUUCCUCAAGCGGGUGUCAGGCCUGCGAACCAACAUCUUCAUGAGGUUCAAGGCCACGUCGGGUGAGGGCCUGCUGCUGUGGCGAGGGGAGACCUCCAUGAGGGUCAACGGUGACUUCAUCUCCCUCGGCCUGCAACAAGGGGCCCUGGUCUUCAGUUACAACCUGGGCAGUGGGCCCGUGUCGGUGCUGGUGAACGGAUCAUUCCACGAUGACCACUGGCACCGGGUCAAGGCGGUCCGGGACGGGGCGUUUGGGAAGCUGACCGUUGAUGAUUACGGAGCAAAGACCGGCCGCUCCCCAGGCAAGAUGCGGCAGCUCAACGUCAACGGCCCCAUCUACGUGGGGGGAAUGAAGGAGAUCGCGCUGCAGACGGGACGGCAGUACAUGCGGGGGCUGGUGGGCUGCAUCUCACACCUCACCCUCUCCGGCGACUACCACGCCGCCCUGGUGGAGGAGGCCGGCGGCGGCAAGAACAUCAACACCUGCGGCGCCAGCUAG